UGCUUCCCGCCGCCACCUGCCUCCUCCUCCAGCUCCCGCUGUCUCCCCCGCGCCGGCGCACUGGGUGGCCACAGUCCCUCCAGCCUCCGCCCCUCGCCGCCGUCUCCAGGGCGCGGGACGCCACGCGGGCAGCCGGCCCGGGACGCAGGGAGAGUGAGAGCGAGGCAAGUUACUUUUUUCAGAAUCCAAGUGAAAUCUAACACUAUAAAACAAUGCCAAAAGCAAAUGAAGGAAAACAAAAAUCUAAAGGGGCACCCCUGCCCAUCGUUUUGAUUCUUCAAAAGUUUCUGAAAACAUACGAGAAACACUGUGCGCAGUCUCAGACAUCCGUGUGUCCAGCCAUCAAAAGUGACCUGAAAAGCAGCAUUGACAGUGACCAGGUGCUCAGGAAGUUUAUGCUUGUAAGACCCAAUGACUCCCCACCAAUAAUCCUACCAGUUUCCUUGGAACCUUUGCUCAUGACCAUUCAAGAUGAGCAUUACACACUGGCGAAAGAGAUCUGCAUCUGGGGCCUUCAACUGAGCAACCCAGCGAUUGCCAGACUUGCUUUGCUUCUGGAAUUGAAGGGGCACACCACCUGCCCGUUUACCACCCUAGAAAUCAUUGAUUGCAAGAUGGAUCUGUGGUCUCUAGAGCGACUUGGGAAGGCUCUGCAGUUCAGUAGUUUGCAUUCUCUUGUCCUCGAUUACUGCAAAUUUGGAAAUGAAGAACUUGAGAGCAUUUUCUCAGGCCUGGAGAACAACCAAAGGCUUCAAGGCCUCAGUCUGUGUUACUGUGGUCUGGGACCUCAGAGCGGGCUAAGGCUGGGUUCGGUCAUCAGCCAGAGUGCCAUUUGCGAGCUGUUCCUUGAUGGCAAUUACUUGGAAUGUUCCGGAGCACUGGCUCUUCUCAGGCCCAUAGCAGGCUUUGCGGAGACACAGGGGAAAGACCAGCCAGCCCCAGGCUCACCAGACGCUGGAAAUCCCCCUCAGCGGCUCCAAGCCAAACAGAGAGGAAGUUCAACUAUGAACCAGAUUACAAAAUUGUCUGAAGCUGUAACAGUGAAAACUACUUCAGGGAAGAAAAAGAGAAAAAAAGGAAUCAAGAAGAAAAUUGAAGGUCUGAUAGAAACUGGUCCUUGGUUAGUGAAGUUGCAUUUGGCAGAUAAUGGCAUAGAUGGAAAAGGAAGAGAAGGAGAAAAUGGUUUAUUGGAAUUCAUUCAAACUUUAACAUGCCUGAUCAAAUACUCUGCCUGCUUAAGGGAAAUUGACCUUGGAAACAAUGUUCUGGGAGAAAUGGCUGCUGCUAACGUACUUGAAGCGCUGAGAGCCAGAAAGACAGGUAAACUACCGGUCUUAAAAAUUACAGUCACUCCCCAGAUCUCUUCAGAUACCUUCAGAUCGAUUUGGAAAAAUAGCAAGAAGUCUAACACUAUGCGUAAAAGAAGAAAAAGACUAAAAACUGAAUAUAGGUGCUAUAUUUCCAUAUGGAUGUCAUCUAUUUCCAUGGCCAAGCAGAUAUGCCUGGAUAGAUAUUGCUUAUUCUAUAGUAAUAUUUUUCACUGUAACCAAGUCCUUUUGAAGUUCUCAAAUUUGAUGAUUAUUGUAUGAAAGUUUAAAGUCAUGUGAUAAUCCUGUCUUGUGAUGAUCCCAUCACACUUGUCAUUUUCUAAAAUGUGGGUUUCACAAGUAGGCCUUAGUAAAAAAAGACUCAAUUCUCUGAGGCUUCAUCUCUCCUGCAUAUGAAAUUUAUAAGUUGAAGGAAGUCAUACUUUUAUCUAAAAAAGAAAGAAUCCUCUUUCAUAAAUAUACCUAUAGUUGGGAACAAUAAGAAUGCUUGGAAAUAAUAACCACUUCCUAAAAGACACCAUCCCUAAAAAUGAGGAUCCUCCCGAAAUGAGGAAACUUUUUUUUUUUAAGACAGGGUCUUGCUCUGUUGCCCAGGCUGGAGUGCAAUGGCACCAUCUUGGCUCACUGCAACCUCUGCCUCCUGGGUUCAAGUGAUUCUCCUGCCUCAGCCUCCUGAGUAGCUGGGAUUAUAGGCGCGCACCACCAUGCCCAGCUGAUUUUUUGUAUUAUUAGUAGAGACAGGGUUUCACCAUGUUGGCCAGGCUGGUGUCGAACUCCUGACCUCAGGUGAUCCACCUGCCUUGGCCUCCCAAAGUUCUGGGAUUACAGGCGUGAUCCACAGCGCCCAGCCAAAUGAGGAAACUUUUAAUUCCUCUGCCCCACCCUGAAGAUGCCACAUAGCCCCGUGAGAAAUGGAAGAGGUGUGGUUGAUUGAUAUACAGAAGACAGUGGGUGAGUUGAGUUUUAUAUGCCACAACAAUUAUGGUGCAGGAUGAAGAGCAUGGCCUAGGCAGUUAGAUGAACCAGAAGUCUCUAUGGAGGAACUGCCGCUUUCCAAGUACUGAGCCUGGGCAAGUCAGUUCACCUCAUGCUCCUCAGUUUCCUCUUAUGUAAGACAUAGUUAAGAGUAGCAGGGCUGGGUGCAAUGGCUCAUGCCUGUAAUCCCAGCAAUUUGGGAGGCUGAGACAAAAGGAUAGCUUGAGGCCAGGACUUCAAGACCAGCCUGAGCAACAUAGUGAGACCCCCUAUCUCUACAAAAAAUUUAAAAAUUAGCCAGCUGUGGUGGCAUGUGCCUGUAGGCCUCGCUAUUUGAGAGGCUGAGGCAGGAGGAUUGCUUAAGCCCAGGAGUAUAACGCUUCAGUGAGCUGUAAUUGCACCACUGCACUCCAGUCUGGGUGAGGAAGUGAGACCCUAUCUCAAAAAAAAAAAAAAGAGUAGCGCCUAUCUCAAUUGGUGAGCAUUGAAUGAGACCACACAUGUCAAGCAUUUUAGAACAAUGCCUUGUUCAUAUUAUACACUCAAAAAUAAAUAUGAAUGGCUCUUAUUAUUGCUGCUGUUAUUGUGGAUGUUAGAAUUGAGUGGUGCCAGUUAUUUCACCUAUGACAACCACACAAGAAACAUAGGAAAGAAAUGAAAAAAAGAAGACUGAAGACCUCUUCACUUUGAAGUAAAAAUAAAAAACGAAAACUUCAUUCAUUCUAUCUACAAAUUUAACAAGUGCUAGCAAGUUUGUGGAAUCAAACUAACUGUAGGGUAAGAAUGGUACAGUAAAUUAGCUCCACUCUCCAGGGUCUUAGGAUCUAGCUAAGAAGACAAGAUCUUCGGCCAGGCACGGUAGCUCACGCCUGUAAUCCCAGCAUUUUGGGAGGCCGAGGCGGGUGGAUCACCUGAGGUCAAGAGUUCAACACCAUCCUGGCCAACAUGGUGAAUCCCUGUCCCUACUAAUAAUACAAAAAUUAGCCAGGCGUGGUGGCACAUGCCUGUAAUACCAGCUACUCGGGAGGCUUAGGCAGGAGAAUCACUUGAACCCGGGAGGCGGAAGUUGCAGUGAGCUGAGAUCACGCCAUUGCACUCCAGCCUGGGUGACUAGAGCAAAACUCGGUCUCCAAAAAAAAAAAAAGACAAGAUUUUCUUGCAUUAAAAGUGAACAACAAUAAAGUAUAUGACUUGGAAAAAUAUGUGUCAUUAAGCAGGAUAAGAAAGGCCAUAGAGUAACAAGAUCAAUGUAACAAAUUUACCAGAACUGAUGUAUCCAAUAUGUGAGAGCUCCUGAGAACUGUUCCUGCUUAAAAGAAAUGAAAAUAGACUGGGUGGGCACCGUGGCUCACGCCUGUAAUCCCAGCACUUUGGGAGGCCGAGGUGGGCCGAUCACGACGUCAGGAGAUCGAGACCAUCUUGGCCAACAUGGUGAAACCCCAUCUCUACUAAAAAUACAAAAACUAGCUGGUCGUGGUGGCCCAUGCCUGUAAUCUCAGCUACUCAGGAGGCUGAGGCAGGAGAAUCGCUUGAACCAGGUAGUUGGAAGUUGCAGUGAGCUGAGAUCAUGCCACUGCACUCCAGCCUGGCAAAAGAGUGAGACUCCGUCAAAAAAAAAAAAAAAAGAAAAGAAAAGUCAAAAAGACCUUUUUUGAAAUUUGCCACACAUAUCCACUGGGUAGGAGUGUAAAAUCAGAAUACCCCUUUAGCGGGUCUUUUGGCAGUGUUUAUUAAAAUGAAAAAUACAUAGCUUUUGACUCGGCCAUUCUACUUUUAGAAAUUUGUUUACUGUCACAUGUGUGCAAGGAAAUAUGUAUGAGGAUGUUCACUGCAGCACUCUUUAUUUUACAUGGGAAAUAACUAAAUUUUUCUCAAAGAGUUUCAGGGGAAUAAAUCACAGUAAAUGUGUGUGGUAGAAUACUAUGCAGUCAUUGAAAGAGUAAUGUGGAUAUGUAAGUGCUUAUAUGGAAAAGUAUCCAAGUAACACCAUUUUUAAAAACAGGUGAGAGAAUAGUAUAUGUGAAAAAUUCAUACAAAGAUGAAUUGACAUAGUAUAAUCCAGCAAUUUCACUUGUGUGUAUACAUCUAAAAGAAUUGAAUGUAACGUCAUUAAGAGAUAUUUGAACACCAUGUUCAAAGCAGCAUCAUUUACAAUAAAUCAAAGGUGGAAGUAGCCCAAAUGUCCAUGGAGAGAUGACUGGAUAAAUUAAAUGUGAUAUAUACAUAAAAUGGAAUAUUACUCGGCCUUAAAAACAAAGGAAAUUCUGACACAUGCUACGACAUGGAUAAACCUUUAAGGAUAUUAUGCUAAGUGAAUAAGUCAGUCACAAAAAGACAAAUACUGCAUGCCUCCACUUAGAUACUUACAGUAGUCAAAAUCAGAGACAGAAAGUAGAAUGGUGGUUGGGCGGACGGGUGAGGAGGGAGUUAUUGUUUAAUAGGUACAGAGUUUCAGUUUUGCAAGAUGAAAAAGUUCUGGAGAUUGUUUGCACAACACUGUGAACACACUAAACACUACUGAACUGUACACUUAAAAUGGUUAAGAUGGUAAGUGUGACGCAAAUUUUACCACAAUUUAAAAAAAUUUUUUAAUUGAUGCAUUGUGUGUCUGCUUGUACGUAUACAGGAAUUUCUGGAGAGUCUAUUAAUGGUACUUGGGUUUUUAUUGUAUUCCUGUUUCACUGUUUUUAUCAUUUGUGAGCUGUCAAUUUUUAAAAACUUAAAAUUGUUCAAUAAAUUAUGAUGAGCUUGUUAAA